CACCCGGAAGAGCCGAGGACCGAGCAGCGCAACAGGCGGCGGCCGAGGGGCAGCUGCGCGGAGCGGCCCGGGAUGGACAAGCUGAAGAAGGUGCUGAGUGGGCAGGACACCGAGGACCGGGGCGGCCUGGCCGAGGUGGCUGAGACAUCCUCACUGAGCUGGAAUACCAGAAUCAAAGGCUUCAUUGCGUGUUUUGUUGCAGGAAUUCUCUGCUCUCUGCUGGGCACGCUUCUGCUCUGGGUGCCGAGGAAGGGGCUGUACCUCUUUGCAGUGUUUUACACCUUUGGUAACAUCGCUUCGAUUGGGAGCACUGUCUUCCUCAUGGGGCCCAUGAAACAGCUGAAGAGAAUGGUGGAGCCCACGCGUUUGAUCGCAACCAUCAUGGUGCUGCUGUGUUUCACGCUCACCCUGUGUUCUGCCUUUUGGUGGCACAACAAGGGGCUCGCCCUCAUCUUCUGCAUUUUGCAGUCUUUGGCCCUGACGUGGUAUAGCCUCUCCUUCAUACCGUUUGCAAGGGACGCGGUGAAGAAGUGUUUUUCCGCGUGUCUUGAGUAACAGGCGGCCGGCUUCGCAGAGCUUCGGACGGCGCGGCGGAAGGAAGCCGGCACACGCUUUGUAAAUACCUGCGAACCUCCCGCUCACGGACACCGGCCUUUCCUCCUGCGGCAGCGGGUUCCCGCGACCGGACCGUGUACGGACGUGCUGGGAGGCAGCUGGGUCCCAGCCCCCGUGUCUGCAGCACAGCGGGCGGGGGGCUCUGUGUCUUCCUCGCCCUCUGGUGACAGGCGGUGUUUCUGAAUCCGAACGUCGGCCCUUGCAGAGUCCGCCCCGGCUGGGAUGGGUUGUAACCUCGGCGCACGCCUUUUCCCCUUGGGGUUUCUAGCUUCCUUUCCUCAUGACCUCCUGGAACUAGAUGGAGAACAAGGCCCCGGAGAAAACGCUGCUUUCCUCUGGGAGAGCCGACAGGAGGUGAACAUGUUUGCUGUCCUUUG